GGGUGCCCAGCAUUUAGAGAAUUUUGUUCAUUUAACAUUUUUAGUUGCCAAACACUUUUUAAUCUAGAGUAAUUAAUGCCAGCCAUUCAUUGAACAGAGAAAUUAAAAGCACUCUUGUGAUUUCAUUGAAUCACAGGGCUAAAUCUUUUCCUUGCCCCAUUAACACCAAUCUUAAAGCCAACACUCCUCCUUUACUUUGGCUUAGCAAGAAAGAUCCUGUUCACUCAUGAAGUUGAUUUUUUUAUUCACUUAUAAAUCACAAUUGUCUGGGUUUAUGAAACUAAACAAAUUGUAUUCAUUGUAGAAAUACCUUCUUUGGUUUUUAACUUUAUUUUAUUUGGAAGGAACCUCUUUAUCAUUAUUCUCUGUCCCAUAUAAAAUCAUCAACUACUUUAAACAACGAAGUGUUCUAAGUCUCUUUAAAGGUAACUCCCUACACUUCCCAUGAGGCCCACUCCUGUAUAAAUGUGCAUGGCUGUAGAUCAAAGCUUCUUCAAAUAAACUUGAUUUUUAAAUAAGUAUUUUGCCAGAAUCUCCCAACAGCUUGUUCUUUCUCCCAAAAUAAAAAAAAGUAGAUGUCCAUAAGUUUCAAAAAAAUAUUUCAUAAAUUAAGCCCACUAAGAAUUCUGAUCUGGGUACGAACUUUUGCUGUUCUAUUUCCUUCCUCUGCGAUGUAGUAUUAAAAAAAAAAAAAAAACCUGUUCUGUGAACCAACCAUGGAUUUUCCCGGAGCCAUUCAAUAAAUACAGUAGAUUCGAAAUGUGGCACCACUCAUUCAGCCCUUCAGCCACCCAGACUACAAAGCUUCUUGCCUAUUUCAAAAAGAAAAAGAAAUAAAAGAUUUAAAGUCUCAAGAAGAUUAUGCUUGCACUAUCGGGAUGUAAGUUUAAAACAAAUUGGGCAAGGGAGCCUCUACUUGGCCGAGGAGGACCUGUUCACUCCAUUUCCUCUUUUCUAUCUCUUUCAUCAGGCUGUUCCUGGGCUGCUGCUGCCCUCCUGCUGCUGCUCUUUGGAGCCCACGCUUUCCCUAUCGGAGAUUCCUCCGGAGAAGAGGAAUUUGGCGAGGAUCCCUCCUCCAGAACUCCGGCAGCCGGGCGGGUCCAGCUGAACGCUCGGACAGAGUUGGCUCUUUGGUUACAAGGCACUGCGGCGAGGUGGAAUCAAGAGCUGUGCAAGGAGCAAAAUGCCUGUAAAGGUACAUUGGAAAUCAUGGCACAAAAUAAUCUCAACCUUCCAAAGAUAAUUAAAGAAGAUGGAUGCUACCAGCCUGGAUUCCAAAAGGAAAAUUGUCUAAGAAAACUUUCAGGUGGCCUCUAUGCAUUCAGAACAUUCUUGGAAUAUAUAGAAGAAACUACACAAAGAAGUGUAUCUAUAUCAACAGGUGCUCAGCACCUGGCAGAAACCUUGAAGUUGAUGAUGAACAAUCCUGAGUCUGUGAGCAUACCAUCUCCUGACACUCAGAAAACUCUUGCUGCACAGUUAAGAGAACAGAGAGCUUGGAAUAUGAUAGUGAUCAAGCACUUUAUUCUUCAAGAUUUUACUUUAUUUAUGGAGACCACGUCAAGAGUUAUUCGCCUUCUAUAACAAGUUAACUGUAAUGCCUGAAUGCUUUAAAUCAGGCAUAUCAAAUAUUCACAUCUGAAACAGAUGUCAUGGUUGUUCUCCUGCGAGAAUUUAUUUUUUAGAUAUAUACUUAUUUAUGACAUUGAUAUAACUUAUUUAUGGUAUUUAAUAUAUUUAUUACAUAUUUUAAUAAUUUUACUUCAAAACUUAAUUUAAUUUUAAUAAAUAAUGUAUAAUUAUAUUUUUAUAAAACAAUUUAAUAUAUUAAAAUAUUUUUAAAAGAAAAAAAUCCUGCGAGUUUAUAAUGGAAGCAAAUGUCGUCUCCACACACUGCAACUGUAUUGCAGACCUAUGCCAUUUCUACCUUGAAAUUAUUCUAAAUAUUUAUUCAACAUUGUCAUUCCAAAAGUAACAUUCAAAGGGAAACUUUGUAGUCACCAACAAUCUAAGAUAAAUCAUUUUUUGCCUUAUCUGUUUUCAUUCAAUUAUCCUGGAACUAUUUAAAUAAUUAUUUCAUAGAAUGAGAGUUGUACUCAAUUCAAGAUUGCAAACUACAUCCCAGGCAAAUGGCUAUGUAGACUUUGCUUGAUAGCAAUAAAUUAUCUAUCUUGAUAAUUAUUUCCACUUUAAAACUUUACUUUUUUGUCUUAUAACAUUCUAUAAGAAUCUACCUUCCUACAAUUUAAAUCCAUUAUCCCACAUACCGUAUUUUAGAAGAAUGGAAAAAGCUAGUCCUGAUCUUUUUCUAUGUGACAUCCUUUCAAAUAUUUAAAGACUACUAUUAUAUCCCAUCAUCCUACCAUCUUUUCUCAAGAUUAAAUAUAUCUAGAUCCUUCAAUCUUUUUUCUAAUCCCCUACUCGUUUUCAUUAGCACAGAACAUGUUCCAGGACUGAAUCUACUCUACAGGAUGUAGAGUUCAAUACCUGAUAUAAUAUACUAUUCUGUCCAAUACAAAAUAAAGUGGAAUAAUUACUUUUUGCAACCAGCAAUUAUAUUUCUAUUGAUGCAGCAUAAAAUUACUCUUUCUUGCAGCCACAUUAUGCUUCUGGCUCAUACAGGUUUACAACCAACUACUAUCCACUUAUCUGGCUUAAGUUUUGUUAUUUAUAGCCUAUUUCUACAAGCUCUUCACAUUCACUACAAUUUUUUCUAUUCCUUGGAUAAUAGCUAAUUCUAUCCAAUUUUAUAUAAUUUGUAAGUAAUAGUUUCUGGCUGAAAGUCCUUCAGGCCUUUUGUCUGCUAUCAACUCCGGUGUUGCCGCAGCCUCACUAGGCACUAAAUGUAGAGAUCAAUGUGCCAAAUGUAAUCUGCUACAGAUGUGCCAUUAUUUUUAAUUUAUCAGGAUGGGCCUCUGUCCAUUAAGUUAUUCAGGCCUGGCCUGCACUAAUGCUAGGCAGGUGAAAAGACCAGAAAAAAAUAGCUUUUCUUGUAAUUUAAUUAUUUAGAUUUAUUCCACAUCUUCCAAUAUUCCAGAAAAUCAAAAAUUUCACUUGACCUUUUGGAUAGUUAAUAAUUUUGCCAAGGAUUCUGUUAGGAUUCUUGAAUGAGUUCAAUGGACUUGUUAACAUUACUGAAAUCAAUUAUAAAGCAGCGCUUCCCAAUUUUUUCCCUUUAUUACCCAGAAAUGCUUAUCAGAAAGUUCUUUUUGCUCAAUAUAGAUAAAAUACUUUAAGUCAAUUUAAAUGUCCUUUUGUGAUUGGAUAAUCAGUUUGUGUAUCAUUAUCCAAAGAAAAAACACCUUUAUCCAAUUUUGGGUAGCACAGGUAUAAAGAAUAUUAUAUUGCAUUAUUUUCCCUCAUUAAAAAUAAGAUUUGCUGAACUAAUGGUGAAAAAAAUGAACACUUCAGAUUCUAAUUAUUAUAAAGGCAAGACUCAAUCAAAUCCAAAGUGACUGUGAUAGUUGACUAAAUAAAUAAACUCAUCCACCUUGAAGCAUAAAUAAAAGACAUGCUAAUAUUCUGGAAAAAACACUAGUUUGCCUCAAUAUCAUUUUUAAAAUCUAAAUAUUUAUUCCAAUAGAAAUAACAAAUACAUUACACUGACAAAAAUGUCAUUUACAUGUUAUCAGAUAAACAGCUGGCCAGUAGUAUUGCAUAACUGUCCUUCUAGUCUUCGGAAUGUAUUCAUCUUCAAAGGCAUACUCUCAAAAUACAUUGGUUAAUUCCUUCAACCCCAAAGUAGACU